GCUGCUACAAACUCCUCUUUCUUCUUCUUCUUCCUCUCUCCUCUUUCUCCUCCUCUACGAAUUGCAAACAAUGUGCCACAGGAACCAAUGACCACACCCACUGGUAGGGACACCAGUACAGAGAUGAUUGUUGUUAUAGCCACAGCAACUCCAGUUGAUAUACUCUCCUUCUCUUCUCUAGUGUCAGUACAAGUGCUUGUACUGGCAGUAGGCAGA